CAUAUUUUACUAUGUUGCUUGCUUUUAAAGGUAAAUUGAAAUAUAAAACAUGGACUCGCUGUUGUCUACAGUAUCUAGUUACAUUACGACGCCUGUUCAAAUUGUUAUAUUAAUUAUCAUGGUAUCGCUGAUCAAGAGAUUCAUUCUGAGCAAAACUAAACCAGCAUAUAUAGAGCCUAAGGUGGAAGAGUUACCACCCAUGAAGAAAAGAGAUUUUACAAUUGAGGAGCUUAGAAAAUAUAAUGGUAAAGACAAUGAAAGAAUAUUAAUUGCUGUUAAUGGCAAAGUUUUUGAUGUAACAGCAGGAAAGAGUUUUUAUGGACCAGAUGGACCGUAUAGUUUGAUCGCCGGCCGUGAUGGAAGCAGAUCUCUUGCUACAUUUUCCAUGCAUGAAUCAGCCAUAAAAGACGAAUAUGAUGAUUUAUCAGACCUUAACUCAAUGCAGAUGGAGUCGGUGUCGGAGUGGGAGAACCAGUUUAAUGAUAAGUACAUCUUGCUUGGUAAGUUGUUAAAACCUGGCGAGAAACACAAUAACUAUCAAGCGGAAGAAUCAGAAGACGAGUUGCAAACGGAAGCAGGAAAGAAAUUUGAUUGAUUGCUGUGCUUGCAAGUAAUCCCUUAAAACCCUAUGUAACCGCUACCAUUGCUGAAGUUGUUCGCAUCAAUUUAUGUUGCAGUUCUUUUUGUUUGGAGUCUUGUUCGUAGUUGAUGAGGAGACUAGAAACUAAUUGGUGAUUACUGUAGGAAGGACAAUUUUCUUUAAACACGAUAUUUGAGUAGACCAUCUAAAGCGCGACUUUUAUUUUAAGCUUGGCUUUUAAUUCGUAUUCUCUGGGUGUCUAACCGUUGGAAACUAAGUUUGUUUUUACUCCAACAGAGGAAAGGAAACUUCUCCAAAGAAGCAAAAACGAACUUAGUACCCGGUCGUCGAUUUUAUUGCACUUGUUCCAUCACAAUCUAGUUUGGUGUAUAAAAAUAACCGUGCUAAAAGAGGGGGUGGCAAAUUUUUGUUUUGUUCAGAUGAAUUAUGCAUAAGGUGUUAAAAUAUGUAAAAAAAAACUGCCUUUUGAAUAAGAUUUUUAAAAUACAAUAAAAAUUAUUAAGAGGACAGCAAAAGAGAAUAUAGAUGUUCUUCGUUAAAAGGGCGGAAACAUAAUACUUGUGUGGACUGUGCAGUAAUUUGGAUAAGUGAGGCACUCCAGACAUGUCUUUAGGCUUCUUGUUUAAAGUUUAUGUCGAGCAAAGUCGCGUGUUUCUUUCCCAAAGCGAAUAUUCAAAAGAAUAGGCGUAUAUUGAGUAUCGUGGAACUAGAACUUUUUCUUGUUUGUACGUAGGCGCUGCAUAUCGCUAAAUGCAGUUGUAAUUAUAUUCUUUUCUUUUGUAAAAUUUAAGCAAAUGUGAAUUAUAUGCAUAGAUCAUCAAUACAUCUGAUGCCGGAUUUUUACAUUAAAAAAAAUUGCGAUUUCUUUCGCGAGUGCAGAUAUACAGUGAAAUUUGCAAUGAAUAAAUCUCUUGUUUAUCUCAAAUUUAUUGUUAUUUUUGGUUGAAUGAAAAAACAACACAAAGAUAUCCUUUUGAAUACAAAUUUUUAAAACGUGGAAAUUCGCAGAACUAAAUCUUACGGUGACGGAGAUUUCUUGUGUUACGGAGAAAAAACGAAACUGUGCAAGAUUUUCAGUUGUUAGAGUAUCGUUGCCAAACACUUUUAAAAAUUUUUUUGACGGAUUUUUAGUUUUGUAGUUUCAUGGAUUUCAUCAGAAACCGUGUUUUUAAAGCGAAGUUACAUUAAAUCGACCUGUUUAAACUUGAAAGCGUACUGUUUAGUGAACGUGAUGGGUCAUCUUAUUGUGCCUGUUUCUUAUUUAGUUGUCAUACUUUGUGGUUUAUUAAUAAUUGACUGUACAUUAUUUUGUGAGUCAAGUUUGUAGAAUUUUUCACAAAGUUGAUAUGUUUUUACAGUGGAAGGAAUUAUGCAAAUUAUGGAAAAGAAGAUGCAUAAAUGUGUAUAUUUUUUCCGCCAUUUUUAGUUGAAUGAAAUUUUCCAGAAUCAAUUUUA